AUGACAGCCACAGCCCCCAAGCUAGACAUCACCCACGCAUAUCGGCACCUUUACCGGGGCCUCCUCCGAGCGGUGCAGUACUCGGCGCCGGCGCGGUACGUGGUGCGGGACCAGCUCCGGGCGGCGUUCCGGGAGCGAGAUGCGGCUCUGGACAGAGAAGGAGUCAAGAGGACGGUAUGGUUCCUGGAGGCAGCGGCUAAGGAGAGGGGGCUGGAGCACAAGAUUUUGAAGAAUCUGAUUCGGGUGCGGCUGGAUCGGUCGUGGGGGUUGAGGACCUGGAAGAGAGCUCUGAACGAGACAAAACAAAAAAAGCUGCAGCAGGAUGCGAUGCAGCACUACAAUAUGACGAUUGCAAUGCUGAACAAGAGCAUGGGGCUCUGUCUCCGAUGA